UCUGUACUUUGCAAGGACUAGUGAACACAUCGAGGCGUAGCUCAGUCGUUGGUUGGGACAGUGGACUGACUAGAUAUUCGGCGACAAGCGUGUAAACCAAGGGAAAGCUUGCGAUUUUGGCGCUUGCAUCGGUCGUGAUGGCUUCUGGAGCUGAGAGACCCGAGGCCGGAGACAGCGAACAAGACGAAGAGGAAGAUGUGUACGAAGUGGAGAAAAUUAUUGACAUGCGAGUGGAGGAGGGGGAGGUGCUGUACCGCGUGCGCUGGAAGAACUACACCUCGGACGAAGACACCUGGGAGCCCGAGGCCCACCUGGAGGACUGCAGAGAGGUGCUGCUGGCCUACAAGAAGGCCCUGGCCGAGAACAAGCCCAAGAAGGAUGCCAGCGUGCUGCCAAUGAAAAGCGACAUCUUCAACGCCGACUCGGAGAGCAGCGACACCGAGCGGCCCGUCACCGCACCCGUGAAAAAGAAGAAAAAGAAGAAGAAGCAGCAGUCGGAGCCCGAAGACGACGAGCUCCUGGUGAAGGAGAAGAAGAAGAAGAAGAAGAAGAAAUGGAAGGAGGACAAGCCCCUGCCAGCGCCGGAGACGGACAAGGAGGAAGAGGAGGAGGAGGAGGAGGAUGACGAGGCGGCCCGCGAGGCUCCUCCUCCUCCUCCACCACAGCCACCGCAGCAGUCCCGCAAGGACCACAAGGCCGCCGAGAGCAAGCGCAGGCUGCCGGAGUCGGACGACUCGGACGCCCCCGUCGCCCCUAAGAAGCACAAGAAGGAGGGCAAGUUCAAAGAUGGCGGCGGGAAGCAGCAGAAGAAGAAGGAGAGUGCGGAGGAAGGGAGGAAGAUGAAGAGGAAGAAGGCCAAGAAGGGGCUGGAGUCGUCCGACGAGGACGAGGGCACCAACAGCGAGGUGGCCGCCGAGACGCAGUCGCUCGGCAACGAGGACACGGCGGAGAGCCACAGCGACACGCCGGCGAGGGCCAAGCCGUCGGAGAAGGAGCGGGAGCGGACGCAGCAGAAGGCAGAGGGCAAGAAGAAGAGCAAAAGCGACCUGAAGCUGCAGGGCCUGAAGGAGCUCAUGCAGGACAAGAAGCCCAAGAAGCCCGAGGGGUCAGGGUCCGGGUCCAGUUCUGGGGCCGCCACGCUCAGGGACAGCAGCCUGAGCAAGCUCAAGAGCCUGACCAGUGGCGGCGGCGGCGGCAAGAGCCACAAGCCGUCCCGGGGCAGCAACGAGGGCGACGCCGCGGAGGCCAAGCCACGGGGAAAAGGACAGGAGUCGGCCUCGCAGCGAGCGCCCUCUUCAUCCUCCUCUUCCUCGUCGUCCUCGGGCCGCGGCAAAGAGGACGAGGCCAGGGAGGGCGCGGCGGUGGCGGGUGGCGCCGCCUCCAACCUGUUUGAAGAAUUCCUGCUCAACUGCGAGGCCAAGGACCGGGCACCGCGACGACACGGACAACACACGGGCACCGCUGGCACCGCUGGCACAGAGAAGAAUGCGGCCAAAUCGGACAAGAAGACGAGGCCCAUGAAGGAGUCCCCAGCACGACGGCCAGACGCUGACAAGGCGGACAAAUCCAAAGAUGCGUCGCGCUCCGGACAGAGCCCCGCGACCCCGGAGUCGGACGGCGAGGAGAGGAGGGAGGAACCUCCUGCGAGGUCAAAGGUCGAGGAGCGCAAGGAGCGUACGACGGCAGAGGAGGAGGAGAGGCGGCGGAAGGAGCGUCUGGAGGACCGUCGAACGGCGGCAGCGGAGACGCCAACGUCCAGCGACUUCGGGGACGAGGCCAGCAAGUGGAGGGAGCGGCGGAGGAAGAGGCAGGACAGCGAAACGCGCCUCGGCGACGACAAUCAAGACACACACGACCCCUCAGAGAGGCCUGACAAAACGCCUGAUCGGGGCCAGGCUUCACUGAACCUCGGGGUGGAUAUUAAGCUGGACUGGAUGACACUGGAUGACUUUCAGAAACACUUGAACGGGGAGGAUGAGAUUCUCUCCGCAGAGCCACUAACUCCCACUGAGCUGCGGGAGGCAGUGAAGAGUGGAGAUUACCUGGCUGUGAAACUUGCAAUUGCUUCCAACGUGGACUACAAUCUGGAUCAGGAGGACUCCAGCGGUAUGUCCCUGAUGAUGCUGGCCGCCGCAGGGGGACACGAUGACAUCCUGCGGCUGCUCAUCAAGAAGGGCGUGAAGGUGAACGGCCGGCAGAAGAACGGCUCCACCGCGCUCAUGCACGCUGCCGAGAAGAACUUCCUCACCACCGUGGCUAUUCUGCUGGAAGCCGGUUGCUAUGUCAACACACAGCAGCUGGGAGGAGAGACGGCGCUGAUGAAGGCGUGCAAGCGAGGCAAUGCGGACGUGGUGCGCCUCCUGCUGGAGUAUGGUGCAGACUGCAACAUCCUGUCCAAGCACAAGAACACGGCCAUGCACUUUGCCAAGAUCAGCAACAACCUGGUGGUGUACGACCUAAUCAAAGACCACAUCCACACGUUAUCGACUGUAGCAGAGGAGACAAUCCGAGCGUACUUUGAGACGCGAUUGGCCUUGCUGGAGCCAGUGUUUCCCUUGGCCUGCCACAGACUGUGUGAGGGGCCAGACUUCUCUCUGGACUUCAACUACAAACCCCCCACACACAACCCUGGAGAAGGAUCAGGUAUCCUUCUCUUUAUCUUCCACGCCAACUUCCUGAGCGAGGUCACAGCCAGGCUGUGUGGCCCCUGUAGCGUCCAUGCCGUCGUCCUCAACGACAAGUUCCAGCUGCCCAUCUUCCUGGACAGUCACUUCAUCUACUCUUUCAGUCCGGUUCUGGGAUCCAACAAACUGUUUAUCAGACUCGCCGAGGCCCCAACCGCAAAGGUCAAGCUCCUCAUCUGUGCAUACAGAGUUCAGCUGCAAUGACCUGAUCAGUGAACAUCCUUCAGAUCAACAGUCCAGAAGACCUGAAUGAAAUGCUCCGUUAGACAGACAGACAGACAGACAGACACACACACACACACUCAAAUAUCACACAGAUGCAGACAAAGAUACUUGUGUGCACACACACACACGCGCGCGCACCACUGCAGACACAAGAACUCAUGUGUGCGAACAAAGAUCACUCACAAAGGAGUGCAGUGGUGUCAGCUCACCAAGGACUUCUCAGUUGGUUUCCAUUCAAUUCAGGAGACCUGGAACUUAGUGGUCCAAAAGGGCGUAGCCCAGCCUUCCCGUGAAGAGCAUGUCACGUCUUUCUUUUGUUUAGAUAGUUUGUUUGUUUUCGGUGAGCAGCAGAGUGUAACGUGUGUGAGAGCACCGUCCCAUGUACGACACACACGUUCAAAGUGUUGCGGACACUCCUCUAUACCCCCCCACCCCCCGCCCCAACAGGCCAAUACACCCCUCACCACAGCCACAGGAAAAGUGUGUGUGUGUGUGUGUGUGUG